UUUUGCUUUGCUGAAGAGCUGUCUGCUGUUUGCCGGCGGUAAUGAGAAGCAUUAUUCUUUGCUGCGGCAUAAUGUAAAAUAUAUUUUAUUUACAUAUACUUAACUAAAGAGCGACCUUGAUAUUGCAGAUGAUUUCUCAACCAAAUAAAAGGUACCUUUUUACCUUUUCUGUUUAACAGCAAGAAUGAUUGUGUCCCUUUGAUGACGUCAGGUAAAUGGAUAUGACAAGUACGGACAGUCGGCCGAGAACAAUUUGUAUGGCUAUGCAGAUGGAGGUAUAUUAAUAGGACGGCUUGGGUUAAAGUUUUUAUUCGUGGAGACGUGGGCAUCGUGGCCGGUCACUGUACUAGGAAGAUUGGGACUGUAGAUUGUAAGAAGAUCACAAGUGUUUCGUUUGCCGUGAAAAAGACCUGACAAGUACAAAUAUGGAUGUGCUGGCAGUGCUGAAUCUGAGCGAUAUUGCCCAGUAUUUUUCAAAAAUGGCAAUGUUUCCAGUUUUUGAUCUUGCGUAUUACAUCGUAUCCAUACUCUACCUCAAGUAUGAACCAGGGUCGGUGGAGGUGUCCCGCAGGAGUCCGGUGGCCUCCUGGCUCUGCGCCAUGCUCUACUGCUUCGGCAGUUACAUACUAGCAGACAUCAUGCUUGGAGAUUCUCCUGUUGACUAUUUCCACAACAACAGUCACAUCCUCCUGGCUACUGCUGUCUGGUACCUCGUCUUCUUCUGCCCACUGAAUUUGUUCUACAAAUGCGUGGCCUUCUUGCCAGUCAAACUGGUUCUGGUAGCUAUGAAGGAGGUAGUCCGCACACGCAAAAUUGCGGCGGGGGUGCACCACGCCCACCACGCCUACCACCACGGCUGGUUUAUCAUGGUCAUCACCGGCUACGUCAAAGGGUCUGGGGUGGCUUUAAUGUCCAACUUCGAGCAGCUUUUGCGUGGAGUGUGGAGACCUGAGACCAAUGAGAUCAUGAAUAUGUCAUUCCCCACAAAAGCCAGCCUGUAUGGAGCUAUUCUGUUCACCCUUCAGGAGUCCCACUUGCUGCCCAUAUCCAAGAACAUACUCAUCUGCCUCUUCACUCUCUUCAUGGCCACCUCAAAGGUGGUCCUCACUGCCCGCCACUCUCACGGCUCUCCCUUCACCCUGAUUGAAUCUUGGGUCUGUCACCUGCUCUUUGGCUCCCCCCUCGGAGGCUCUGAGGAUUCCCAUGACCACCAUCACUCUGCCGCUGUCCACGCCGCCCCCGUGUCUCCCACGAAAACCAAGGAGGAGCUUAACGAGGGAACCCGCAAGAGAAAGGCCAAGAAAGCGGAGUAGGCGACACAGUCCCGGGAUGAAUGGAACCCCUUACUGGCAUCAGCAAGGAGAACCGACCGAAUCCGACUGCCUUCCUCAGACCAGCCGUGGGCCCUGGAUUCCUGUUGCAUUUUGGAGGAGAACAUGGACUCUCCCAUGACAUUCUGUGGGAGGGAACAGUUUGGCGUUACUGUGUAAGAAAACGGUACUUUCAUAAAAUAACAUACAGUUUUAAAAACACUGUAAAUAGCUCCAAAUUUCAGAAUUUGGAAAUAUCAAUACCAGCUAAUCCAUAUAUUUAUGUAUGUAUGUAUUUAUUUUCAUGAGUGGGUGUUUCUGCUCCUAAAUAGAGUGACGUUGCACCCCUGUACAUUUCCAGCACACUCUUCAGCUCCAUCCUUUAAAUGAUAAAUUAUAUUAUAUUAAUAAAUGUUCCAGAUGCAGCUCUUCUUGUUAAAAUGUUCCUCUUAGCUUUAAUUACCAUUAACCCAUAGAUUGAGAUUCUGGACAUUUAAAAAAAUAAUGCUACAUAAUUUAUCGUGAAUCAAUCCCCUGAAAUAAAGCUGAAGAACUCCUUUUCAUUGAAGGUUUGCAAAAC